AUGACUGCUGUUACGCACUCGAGAUCUGGCGUCUCGCCAUCCAGCUCCCCUCGCUUGCCGUCUCCUCCACCCAUCCCAGAAGUUCAAUUUGGUCCUAAAAGCCCUGGUGUUGAUCUCUCCAAAGAACUAUCGCUUGAAGCGACUUCAAAACCAGAUGAAGGGGCAGCAAGGAGGAUUAGACCCGGAACAAAAGCUGCAGACAUGGCUCUUGGUCCUCCCCUGGUUCCGUUGAGUCAGCUUGACUCGCCAUUUCAACUUCAAGAACACCUUAAAUCCCUCUACGCCCACCUCACUCACACGCCAGAACCUACGCACACCAUUCCCAUCACGAAAGAAUCUGCUCUACAACUCGCAACACCCCCACAAAUCAACGACAACGAGUUCGUGGAUAGGAACCUAUGGCUGUACGAACUAUGUCGAUUUCUCACUCAGAAAGCUAACAUCGUCUCGAUUUUCCUGAUGAACGACAAUCCGCCCUGUUCUUCUCAGACAUGUCCUGAAAUGCGUGCUAGUGAAUGGCAGUAUCUCUGCGCCGUGCAUGAGCCGCCAAAAUCAUGCUGCGCAAUCGACUAUUGCAACCAUACCCUCGAUUGGGCUGCGAACGUUCUAACCAGUCCGAAGCAUUUCCCUUCGCGGUUAGCUUUAGGCUCGGAGGCAGGCAAUGUCAUUCAAAGCAUGAGACAACUGACCAAUAUCUUCCGACGCGUGUAUCGCAUAUUCGCACAUGCUUGGUUUCAACAUCGUGAUGUCUUUUGGUCUGUCGAAGCUACUUAUGGGCUGUACAUGCUGUUCAAAGUCGUCUGCGACGAGUACCAUCUCAUCCCCGAGGACAGCUAUACGAUUCCAACCGAAGCUGAAGGAGUCCACGAAGCCACCACUGGCCGUGAAGGUGGUCUACGACCGCAAAUCCUGCAUAAGGAUAAUACAUCGAGUUCGAUGUUGGACGAGCCGUCCAGUGGAUGCUCGUCAUUAGACAUUACUACCCCAACGGCCCCGACGACAGUCAGCACGGGUGCAACAACCCGGAGACACAAACACACCCCUAGCACUGGGAGCCAUGUUGCCACCAUCGCCGAGGGCCAAGAAGAGGAAGAAGAGCGUCCGAAAAGCUGUAUAGCAGCGCCCGAAAAUCCACCGCCGCCACCUCAACUUGUAGAGAUACCCAAGGCCAUCACAAUAUCAGGGGGAGACGGAGCCUCCCUAGAUAGGGAUGACCGAGAAAAGGAAGGGAACAAUGACGCUUCCCCGGAGCGUCUCUUCCCUAGACUCGACAUUACCUCUACCGUGCUAAAAUACGAGCCUCGCGCUCCGGAGGAUCCGACACCUACAGGCACAUCAGAGGAUAUCGAUCCGUUGUCGGUGCAUAUGAAUUCGCAGAAGCUAGAAUCACCAUCUACUGUCGUAGAUGGAGAUGUCGGUCUCGGGACUAUCAACAGCGUCGCCUACGUGAACGAGAACGAUGGACCAAUGAGAGUGGAAACCCCCAUAGAACAGACAACCAAACCGUUUGACGAUGAAGAAGGCGGGCAAAAAAUUACGUCCCCUUCCGGUGGCUCGAUAAGGACGGGCGGAAGCGACGUACUCAAGGCAAUAUUGGGGCAUAUUCAUGACCUGGAUGACGACAAUUCAAUCGACUCUGAGAGGCAGGGUCAAGCCGGGGACAGUGGAGCAGCUGUUCAGGUGAGAGAGGUGAAUGCUAUGGAGGAUUCAGAGAAUAGUGACGAUAAAGUUGUCCAGGAUAAUGAGGACAUGAGUCCAAUCAGGACGGAGCCGCCAUCGUUGAUUGGGCCAAAGGACGAGGCUCCCAAGGGAAAUGAAGGUGGAGAUCAAGCCAAGAUGGAAAAUGUAGAGCACGGGCCUCGACGUGAUGAGGUGAAAAUCUCGGUGGAGGAGACCACAGACGAUCUUGAGCCUAAUGCGCAGCAGGCGGAAGACAACCGAGCCAAACAGGGAGAGACGGAGGGUAGCAAGGACGGCUGA